GAUAGCAUGGUGGAUGGCCCGGAUCGCGCGACCCUCCUUCUUCCUGCUCGACACUCCCGAGCACUGGAAGAACACGAAGCUUCAGAGGGUUCCGAGCUUCCUUCUGCUCCUCUCGGACUCAGACCAGGAUUCGGUAACCCUCUGGGAGGAGAUCGCCAUCGAUAACCUGGAGCAGUGCAACUUCUACCUGGCCUUACACUCAGGUGUCUGGAAGUUCCUUCCUGGCCGGCCACCCUCGGUGCACGUGUCUGCCCACGAGGACAUGGGCUUGGACGCGGCACCCUUCCAGUGGGUACCGGACAAGGAAGUGAUGCAGACCUGGCUUGAGAUUAGCCUACGGCCGCCCGUGUCAAGCCUGGGGUCCUGGAACGGCAGAGAGCUUCUGCGAUCAGGUCUACCUGUGGUUGUACUACGGCACGGCCAGGAUGAAGCGAGCGUCACAGCAGUGGCCACCUUCCUGGAGCGUGUGAACCAGGAGCUCCGUGCAACAGGGCAGUACAUCUUCGCCACCUUGGACAUUGACACGGCCGACGCGCGUGAGCUUGCAAGGUCCUGGUUCCCUCUGGUGGGCAAGAAUUUCGAGGAUUUCCUGCCCUUCCCAGUGACGCUGCCUCCCGAGAUUUUCGUCUUCACAAAGUCCAGAACGACGGGCGAGGCCAUCUUCUGGUACUCACCAGAGUUUCCAGCUGCAGCGAAUUUCACGCUCGGGGACGUGGAGGAGUUGGUCAGCCAAUCCAUAUGGUUUCAUGACAGCA